CGACACUCAUCAUUCUAUCUUUCUGGCCACUGUUUCAUUGUUGCUUUGUUGGCUUUACUGCUUCAGAAAUGUCUUCACUCAAAACAAUUUUUGUAGUGGCUUUAUUCCUAAUGAUAUGUGAGAGCAAGACUGCGCAUAAGAACCUCAUGUUAAUUAAAUGCAUCAAGGACAUGGCAGCAGCUUUACCUACAAAAGAACUGUCUCUUGUAUUUGAUUAUGACUAUGAUGAAGAUUUUAUUAAUGAUUUUAUUAUAUCUUUGUUCAAUUCUGGAUUGAAAGCUGUUGUUUAUCAAUUAGAUAAUCCAAAACAAGAAGCCUCAUAUUUAAACAAGCUCUUAGAUGACAUGAAAAUGAGAAUGGAUGGUUAUACGAGUGCAGAGUAUUUCAUAUUUGCAAAAAAAUCAGUCGCAGAAGAUAUUUUACAGAUGAUAUCAUCUGAAAAUCUAGCAAGACGCAAUGUUAUAUUUCUAUUCUUUUGGAAAGGUAAAAAAAUAAGCUAUAAAUUUUCUAUUAACAUACAAGAAGCAAUGCGCAUUUGUGUCAUUACAAGUCCUAGAUAUGGGCUAUUUAAGUUAGGUUAUAGCCAAGCACGGCCAGAUGGUAAAAACACUCUGGACUUGGUAAAUUGGUGGACAGAAAAUUAUGGUUUAUUCCAACAACCUCUUCUACCAAAAGCUUCAAAAGUGUAUAAAAACUUCAAAGGAAGAGUAUUCAAUAUUCCUGUUUUACACAAGCCGCCUUGGAACUUUGUUACUUAUAACAAUGACACUAUUGAAGUAAUAGGUGGAAGAGAUGACAAACUGUUAAGACUACUCUCGUCUAAACUGAACUUUGAAUAUGAUUAUUUUGAUCCGCCUGAUAGAAGUCAAGGUUCUGCCAUCAUUAAUGGUACAAUGCAAGGUGUGCUUGGCCUAAUUUGGCAAAAAGAAGUAGAAAUGUUCAUCGGUGAUUUAACAGUUACAUACGAAAGAAGCCAAGUGGUUGAAUUUUCUUUUCUAACCUUAGCUGAUAAUGAAGCUUUUUUAACGCAUGCACCUGGUAGAUUAAACGAAGCUUUGGCCUUGAUAAGACCAUUCCAAUGGCAGGUAUGGCCUGCAGUCAUUGUUACUAUUUUUAUUUCUGGACCCUUUCUAUACAUGCUGAUUUUGGCAUCCACAGAAUGGAAAAUAACCAGUAUAAGUAAGCUAUGGGAUUGUAUAUGGAUAACAACAUCGAUUUUCCUCCGACAAAGUAUCACUGAUUGUUUCAAAGUAGACCGAGUCAGAAUUUUAAUUGCCACAAUGUAUUUGGUAUCAACUUAUGUAAUUGGUGACAUGUAUUCAGCUAAUUUAACCUCGAUGUUCGCUCGACCUGCUAGGGAAAAGCCAAUUACCACUUUGGAACAACUAGAUAAAGCUAUGGCAUUUAAGGGAUACCAACUUUUAGCGGAAAGACACAGCGCUUCACAUGCAAUUUUAGAAAAUGGCACAGGGCUUUACAAAAGUAUAUGGGACAAAAUGAAAGGACAGUUGGAAUAUCUUCUAGAUUCAACAGAGGACGGAAUGAAAAUUGUCAAAAAGGAAAAGAAUUUCGCAUUAAUAGGUGGCAGAGAAACAUUCUUUUAUGAUACAAGGCGAUUUGGCGUUCAUUAUUUCCACCUGAGUGAGAAACUUUUUACCAGAUAUUCAGCUAUUGCUCUCCAGAUCGGAUGCCCUUUUAUACAUAAUUUUAAUGAAAUCCUCAUGAGAUUAUUUGAAGCAGGAGUCCUUACAAAAAUAACCGAGGACGAGUAUCAAAAGCUGAAAGAGAAACAGCCAAGCAAAGCUCCAAAAAAACAGACCGAAGUCGGUGAAGGUAAAGUGCAAAAGGAAAACGAUACAAGAUUAAAAGCAAUGAGUAUGAAAACACUUCAGGGUGCAUUUUAUGUCCUGAUAGUCGGCUAUAUAAUGGCGGGUGCUGCAUUGUUGGGAGAAAACAUAAUGAAGCAUCAAAUGGAAAAACCAAAAAGAACUAAACGAACUUCCAAUGCAAAAGAUUGAUAAUGAUGCUUUAUAAAUGAUACGCACAAGUUCUAUAUGAAAGUUCAGCACAAAAACACUGUAACAGUAAUAAAAUAUUUAAUA